AAGGGUUUUUGGGACUGGAGUUAAACAAAGACCGAGAUGUUGAAAGGAUCCAUGGCAAUGGAAUUAACAACCCUUGACAUUGAACCUGUGGAAGGGAGAUACAUGUUAUCAGGUGGUUCAGAUGGUGUGAUUGUACUUUAUGAUCUUGAGAACUCCAGCAGACAACCUUAUUACACAUGUAAAGCAGUGUGUUCUGUUGACAGAAACCAUCCUGAUGUUCACAAAUACAGUGUGGAGACUGUCCAGUGGUAUCCUCACGACACUGGCAUGUUCACGUCAAGCUCAUUUGAUAAAACUCUGAAAGUAUGGGAUACAAAUACAUUACAAGCUGCAGAUGUAUUUAAUUUUGAAGAAACAGUUUAUAGUCAUCAUAUGUCUCCAGUCGCCACCAAGCACUGUUUGGUAGCAGUUGGUACUAGAGGGCCCAUACAACUUUGUGACUUAAAGUCUGGAUCCUGUUCCCACAUUCUACAGGGUCACAGACAAGAAAUAUUGGCAGUUUCCUGGUCACCGCGUUCUGAAUAUGUCUUGGCAACUGCAAGUGCUGACAGUAGAGUAAAAUUAUGGGAUGUGAGGAGAGCAUCGGGAUGUUUGAUUACUCUUGAUCAGCAUAAUGGGACAAAAUCACAAGCUGUUGAAUCAGCUAAUACUGCUCACAAUGGGAAAGUUAAUGGCUUGUGUUUUACAAGUGAUGGGCUUCACCUCCUCACCAUUGGUACAGAUAAUCGGAUGAGGCUCUGGAAUAGUUCCAGUGGAGAAAACACACUAGUGAAUUAUGGAAAAGUUAAUGACAGUAGAAAAGGAUUGAAAUUCACUGUCUCCUGUGGCUGCAGUUCAGAAUUUGUUUUUGUACCAUAUGGUAGCACCAUUGCUGUUUAUACAAUUUACUCAGGAGAACAGAUAACUAUGCUUAAGGGACAUUAUAAAAGUGUUGACUGCUGCAUAUUUCAGUCUAAUUUCCAGGAACUUUAUAGUGGUAGCAGAGACUGCAAUAUCCUUGCUUGGGUACCAGCAUUAUAUGAACCAGUUCCUGAUGAUGAUGAGACUACAACCAAAUCACAGUUAAAUGCAGCCUUUCAAGAUGCCUGGAGCAGCAGUGAUGAAGAAGGAUGAAUAUCAAUUCUAAGUACCUUUGUGUCUCUAUUGGUGAAACUCUUAAAAUGGGACUUUUUUCUUUAACUGUCCAGUGACAGCUAAAUUAGCCCUGAAUUUGGGUGAUUCCCCCCCCCCAGCAUGUUUUAAAAUGAGGUUAGUAUUUGCAUAAAAUCCUGAAACAACCUUCUGUAUAGUUUAUUUCAUCAGAACAUGUCUCCUUGAUCCCAAUUGGCAUGGCCCAGGGAAGCCCUGUUGCCGCAAUCCAAGGAAACAAGUCGUGGCACCCCCAUGUGGGACGCUGAGCAGGCUGGGAACAACAGGAUGUGCUCUCCCAGGAUGAGCGAGUGGAGGUUAUCAGCACGGACCUUCUCCUGAUGGCUGUACCAUCAUCCUGUUCAUUUUCACUUGCAAGGAUGAUUUUACAGAGGAUGAUUAUAUCAAAAAUAAUAGUUGAAGCAUUCACAUCAAAAAUUUUUAUUCUUUCUUAUUCGUGUAUGCAGUUUUUGCAAUGAUUUUAUUUAGUUAACUAUUGUCUAGCUUUAUGUUCAGUAUUUUUGUACUCAGUUUCUCUCACAAUCCAAAAAGUGUAUCACAGAAGUAUUUUAACUUGGGUAGAAACCCCACGUUUCCUUUAUUUUCAUGCAUUAGAUGGCAGCUGGUCCUCAUACUUGAACUCCCUUUCUCUGAAUUUUGUUAAGAUGUGAUCAAGUCCUACGUCAUUCAUCGAGGCAGAAAGUGUCCUGACAGGGAAUCUGGCUUAAAUAUGAAAUGUUGUCAUAAAAUUUCUGUUUUACUGUCUACUCUUCUGUGUCAUACCCACAAGGAUUAUUAUGAAGCUACUCUUAUAUUCCCUUUCUUCCUGAUUCUUAUCAGCAGGAGACUAUUAAAAAGUUUUGUGAGCUUGCAUACCAAGGAUACAAUUGUUGAAUUUUUAAGUGUGUGUUAGGCCUCAUAUCAGAACUUUCUGGCCAAAUGUUGUACAUACAUUUACUUCAUAGUUGAUUUUCGUAAGCCUUUAUCAUUUUACGCUCACUUUUGUGCCCCCUUGGUGACGAUGCUGAUGACCUUUGAGAAUGCUACUGAAGUUGGAAAUUACUUUUUUUUUUAAUUUUAAGGAAAAAGAAGUCUUCCUCCAAACUGCGAAUAACUGUAUUGCUUCUUUCUAGUUAUAUAAAUAGAGUUAGCCCUCCAUAUCUGUGAGUUCCACAUCCGCAGAUUCAACCAACUGUGCAUCAAAAAUACCCCCCCAAAAAGUGACAUUGUUGCUGAUAUAUAUAUGUACUCAGGCUGCGUCUGCACUGAACACAGACAGAUUUUUUUUCUUGUCAUUAUUUCCUAAACAUUGUACAUUAUAACAACUAGUUACAUUGCAUUUAUAUUGUAUUCAGUAUUAUAAGUAGUUUAGAGGUUAUUUAAAGUAUACGGAAGAUGUGCAUACUAUGUCGUUUUGUAUAAGGGACUUGAGCAUCCUCAGGUUUUGGUAUUCAUGGAGGGUCCUAGAACCAAUCACCCAUGGAUCCCAAGUGACAACUGUACACAGGCUCAUUGUAAAUAAUUCAAGCAACAUAAAAAGUUACAAAAGAA